AACACGUGGUUUACUAUGGUUGGUUGUUGUCAAACAUCGAGGCAAAUGUAAUGUUUUAUGCAGUGUUCAGCAAAUUCUGAAUAUCGUAAUGGGAAACAAUAAUAAAAGAGAAAUUUUAAUAAUAAAUAACGAAACGACAGAUUCUGCAUUUGAAUACUUUACGAAAGAAAUUUACCCAAGAAGAAUUCCUGUAAUUCUUCGAAAGUUUUCUAUUGGUUCAUGCAUCAAUAAAUGGACACCAGAUUAUUUAUCAAAACAGUUGGGAGAACAUAUUGUGAAAGUUCAUGUUUCAACACAAGAAAGAAUGGAUUUUAUUCAAAAAAAUUUCAUAUAUAGUGAUCAUAAAUGGCAUAGAGGGUUUAUCAGAAACAAUUUAAAGAAGCAAACAGAAAUGUAUUAUUUAAGAUCACUUGGUGAAAAUCCUCGCAAAGAUCCUGCUAAUAUUCAAAAGCAAUUUCCUAAAAUAGCAAAUGAUAUUGAAUUUCCACCUUUUUUUCAAGAACAGCAGUUUUUUUCUAGUGUGUUCCGUAUAUCAUCACCUAAAUUAUGCCUUUGGACACAUUACGAUAUUAUGGAUAACUUUUUAAUUCAAGUUACUGGUCACAAACGUUGUGUUUUAUUCCCUCCAUCUGAUGUUUUAAAUUUAUAUUUAAAAGGUGAUAAAUCUGAAGUGUUAGAUAUAGAUAAUCCAGAUACUAAAAAAUAUCCGAAUUUUAAAAAUGUUAUAUGGCAUGAAUGUAUUCUUCAACCAGGAGAUAUACUUUUUAUACCAGCAUUAUGGUUUCAUAAUGUAACAGCAUUGAGCUUUAGUAUUGCUGUUAAUGUUUUUUGGAAAAAUUUAGAAGAUACUUAUUAUGACAAGAAAGACAUAUAUGGAAAUAAGGAUUUAAUAUUAGCCAACAAUGCAUUCGAUCAUUUAGAAAAAGCAUUAAGAUCCAUUAAAGAUUUGCCAAGUGAUUAUAGAAAAUUUUAUGCAUGUCGCUUAAUAUCAAAGAUUCAAGAAACACUUAAAGAAACUGGUAAUUCAUAGUAAUCUAGGAAAAUAAAAAUUUUCUGUUCAAAAAUAUGAUUGUUUUUUUUCUUUUCUGUUUUUAUAUCAAUAUAAAAUACCUGUUGUCUGUCACUGAAAAUCAAAUCA